CGCGACGGCCUUAGGGCGUCCUCUGUGCGAGCGAACAAGGCCGCGGACCAAGGGGUGGCCGGGGCUGUGCGGACGCCGCCAUGCCGGACAACUGGGACAAGGACGUGUACCCCGAGCCGCCGCGCCGCACGCCGGCGCCCUCGCCGCAGACCUCGCUGCCCAACCCCGUCACCUAUUUGGCCAAGGCGUUCGACCUCCUCGUGGACCGGCCCGUGACACUCGUGAGAGAGCUCAUAGAGCAGCAGCACGCCAAGCACAGGUACCACUACUACCACCGGCAGUUCCGCCGCGUCCCGGACAUCACCGAGUGCGAGGAGAAGGACGUCCUGUGCAUCUACGAGGCCGAAAUGCAGUGGCUGCGAGACUACCACGUGGAUCAAGAAAUUGUCAACAUCAUCCAGAAGCGGAUGAAAGCCUGUCAGCAGCGGGAAGGCGAAAGCUACGUGCAGAACUGUGCCCGGGAGCUGGAGCAGUUCACUCAGGUGGCCAAGGCCUACCAGGACCGCUAUCAUGACCUGGGCGCCCACUUUUCAGCCCGGAAGUGCCUGGCGAAGCAGAAGCAGAGGAUGCUGGAGGAGAGAAAGGCUGCCAAAGAGGCAGCUGCGGCUUGAAGGGGUCCUGGGCCCCCUGUAAUUGUCAAUGAAACUGUUAAAUAAAAUCCGUCUUGAAACUGG